AUGAGCGGCCCCGCGGGGGGCGCGGCGUUGGCGGCCCCAGCCCCCGGGCCGGGCGGUGGCGGCCCAGGGCCCCGCGUCUACUUUCAGAGUCCCCCUGGGGCAGCAGGCGAGGGCCCCGGUGGCGCGGACGACGAGGGCCCAGUGAGGCGCCAAGGGAAGGUCACCGUCAAGUACGACCGCAAGGAGCUACGGAAGCGCCUCAACCUGGAGGAGUGGAUUCUGGAGCAGCUCACGCGCCUCUACGACUGCCAGGCUCUUGUCUCUCCCUCCUCCCCACCCCCACCCAAGGAAGAGGAGAUCCCAGAGCUGGAGAUUGAUGUGGACGAGCUCCUGGACAUGGAGAGUGACGAUACCCGGGCUGCCAGGGUCAAGGAGCUGCUGGUUGACUGUUACAAACCCACUGAGGCCUUCAUCUCUGGCCUGCUGGACAAGAUCCGGGGCAUGCAGAAGCUGAGCACACCCCAGAAGAAGUAAGGGUCCCCGACCCAGAUGAAUGGUGGCUCCCACAGGACAAUCGCUGCCCCCCGACCUCAUAGCAACAGCAAUACCAGGGGACCCUGCAGCCAGGCCUGGUGCCAUGAGCAGGGCUCCCCAUGCCCCUGGCCCAGGGGCCUCUUCCCCUGCCCCCUCAGUUUUCCAUUUUUGGGGUUUUUUAUUGUUAUUAAACUGAUGGGACUUUUUGUGUUUUUAUAUUGACUCUGCGGCGCGGGCCCUUUAAUAAAGCUAGGAUAUGCCUUUGGUGCGGCUAA